AUGCUUUUCUGUGCAAUGUAUCACUAUCCAGUUCCGGUUGCACAAUUGAUAUUCGAAAUGAUGGAUUCAAUUGAAUUAUUCGAAUUAUCUCGACUCUCCCGAAAACUUGAGGGAAAAAUCAAGGAAGCAGGAGUGAGAUGUAUCAAACACUCUGUUUCAUUCUCGAAAAUCCCAUCGAUGCGAUUGGAUUUCCGUUCAGAAAACCAGUUAGAAUUCAUUUUUAAUCAACCAUUUCCUAGAGAUGUAAAGAUAAGAACUGGAGAAAUCAAGGGUCUCAAGUUCUUCUAUUCGGCAAUCAGUGAAAAGACAAUAAAUGUAUGCCUGGAAGACAAAUCACUAUUCGGUGGACUCUAUCGUUUCUAUGAUCAUUUUGCUGAUAUAUUCAGAACUACAAUGAUUGGUCAAUUGGAUAUUGAUGUGAAUACAAUCAAGAAUGUGAUUGGACUCUUAGGAAUUCCAGAAUUCAAACGUUGUCAAACUCUACAGUUAAUCGGAGAUAAAAUGGCUGAUGAGGAUGCAAAAUACAUUCAAGAUAACUGUCAAAUAUACGAAACACUUUCAUUGAAUGGAAAAGUUGGAAGAAGAGAUCAACAUUACAAAUUAUAUGAAAUCAAGAAUCUGAUCAUCAGACAGAAUGAUUGGAUCAAUAUCAAUGACUUAUUUCUCAUGAAAUGCGAGAAUAUCUAUAUCGAUGGAGCUAACAUCAGUGAUUUAGAUCUGAUUAAUUUUGUAAAAAUGUGGAAAAACGGAGAGUCGAAUUCCCAUUUGAAAACUCUUCACGUCAAUUUCACUGGAUCUUCUGUAUUCGACCGAUCUCAACUUCAAUAUUUUGUUCCUGUUCUUCCCGUUUUCCAUUAUAAUCCAGCAGCUCCAAAUGUACCUGUAGAAAGAGAAGAAGGAAGUGAUGACUCAGAUUCAUCAGAUGAUGAAGACGAACUGGCACAAGAUCAAGCAAUAAAAGAACAAAGAAGAAUAGCGUAUGAUAAUCAAUUACACCAAAUGGAACAGACUCUUCCUUGGAAAGAAAUCGAAAGAAGUCUCAUCGAUUACUCAAAUCAUUCAAAUAUUUUCCGCAGAGGAGAAAGAAACUAUUCUCAAUUAAUCGGAGAAUCUGAUAUCAUCGAACUUGAUUGUUUCUAUCGUGAUGUUGUGAAGUUCGAUGGAACAUUUGCAUCAAUUCGAAUUCAUCAAAACUCAUUCAAAAUGAUCGUCUGGCAUAAUUUCGAAUUACCUCCGUAG